AUGUUGAAGAGUCAAGCCAAGGAGGCGGUCAAGGCCUCAAAGCGGCAGGUACAAGACGCUAUGCUUGGCCCAGAGCUGAACGAAUUGACGGCGGACGAGGAAGAGGACGUCCACCGGAGGCUGACGAACGCCAACAAAAGCGCCGAAUCCCACUUCGAGAGGUGCGAUGCUGACUUGAAACGCAUCAUGGGCUAUCAUGUGAAUGAGGCGAGAGAAGAAGCACAGCGGGAAGCGGACGCCGCUGCCGAGGAGGCCAGGUCCCGCGAAGCGCAACAAAAAACCCGGAGCACCAGUAACGUGGACGGCGGCAAGGACGGCGCGAGCAAGGAAACGAAGCCCGCGAACGGACAAGAGUCGGGAGGAAAACAAGACCAGGGAAGGGGAGGGAAGAAAAAGGGUGGGAACGGAGGGAAGACUGGUGGUAAAAGGGAUGCCAAGGCGGGUGUCGAUUCCGCGAACGGGCGGAAGGCGGAGGGGAAGGAGGGCAAGGAAAGGGGUGGGAAGAAAAAGGGCGGGGACGGAGGGAAGACUGGUGGUAAAGGGGAUGCCAAGGCGGGUGUCGAUUCCGCGAUCGGGCAGGAGGCAGAGGGAAAGCAGGGCAAGGGAAGGGGUGGGAAGCAAAAGGGCGGGGACGGAGAAAAGAGUAUUGGUAAAGGGGAUGCCACGGCGGGUGUCGAUUCCGCGAUCGGGCAGGAGGCAGAGGGAAAGCAGGGCAAGGGAACGGGUGGGAAGAAAAAGGGCGGAGACGGAGAAAGGAUUAUUGGUAAAGGGGAUGCCACGGCGGGUGGUGGGGGCGGAGGAAAGACUGGUGGCAAAGGGGAUGCCACGGCGGGUGUCAAUACCGCGAACGGGCAGGAGGCGGAGGGGAAGCAGAGCAACGGGUUUGACGGCAGCACCGCCCCCAAGGUGGGCAAGGAUAGGAAUGGAGACAAGGCGUUACAGAAGCUGCGACGGAGGGCACAGAAAAUGUCGAAGAGAGCGCGGCUUCAAGAAGAGAAGGCAAGACAGGCGCAGGGGUGCCUGGACAUCGUACUCGGCACUCGCCUUCACAACGGUCGUUGGAAUGUGAAGCAACCAGGGUACGGAACUGUGAUGAAGGUUAACAUGGGUGUCAACCAAAAAGAAGUCGAGUCAUACGGCGUGCUAAUGGACGACGCCGAACGCAUCGUUACGAUGUAG